AUGUAAUUAUUGCAGCAGAAUGAUUAUAAUAUUACUCAGAUACAGCAGAGCAGCAUGUUUUAAGUAAAAACAAGGUGCUGAAUAAUGUUUUUACGCCCCUGCAGUUUUACUUUCUAUAAAACACAGACAGAUCAAUUCAGCUGUCUGUUCCUCCGUCCUGAAAAUGCAGCAGUUUCUGCAAAUUUCUCAGCGGAGAAGCUGGUAUUGAUCCGGUUUUGUCUUUUUCAGUCUCCCAGUCGCUCGCCGCUGGCCUCAGACUGCAGCAGCCGACGCUCCUCCGUCUCCAGCACCUCCUCUCUGGGCUCCGAAGCCAAACCGGAGGGAGAGCGCGUCCGACACCGAGAGGUGGAGAAGCUGCUGCGUGCCGUGGCGGACGGGGACGUGGAGAUGGUGCGUUACCUGUUGGAGUGGAUGGACGAGGAGGAGGAGGAGGACGAAGGCGAGCUGCGGUCAGAGACGGCGCUCUGCCACCCGCUGUGUCAGUGUCCCACCUGCGCCCCCACCCAGAAGCUCUCUGUCCUGCAGGCCGGUGCUCUCGGGGUUAACAGCUGUAACGUUGACGGUUUUACGCCGCUCCACGUCGCCGCCCUGCACGGACACUCGGCGCUGGCCGCCCUGCUGAUCCGCCACGGAGCCAACGUCAACGCCCGCACCAACCAGAGCGCCACGCCGCUUCACCUGGCCAGCCAGAACAGCCACGUCCAGGUGAUGAGGUUUCUGCUCGAGUGCAACGCCAAACUAAACAAGAAGGAUCACUAUGGCAACACGCCUCUGAUUCAGGCGUGUCUCUGCGGGAACGUGGAGACCGCCACCACGCUGCUGCAGAGCAAUGCGUUGGUGAACGUGGCGAACCUUCAGGGGAACACGGCCCUCCAUGAGGCGGUGCGCGGCGGGCACCAGGCGCUGGUGGAGCUGCUGCUGAGGGGCGGAGCCUCGCCUGGCCUCAGGAACAAGAGGCAGAGGACGCCGCUGGACUGCGCCUACGAACUGGGCGGCAAGAACACGGAGAUCCUGAGAGCUCUGCAGAAAGCGUCCGGACUUUCUCCUGACGCCGAACCGAUCAAACUCCUCUCUGUGCCCAAAGGAGCUCUGGCUCAUUCGUUCGUGCAGCGUCUGCGGCUGCAGGAUCACGCCAACGGCCGGAGACAGAAGCAGGCCCAGUCCAUCAGCAGGAUGCAGCAGAUGAAGAAAGGCUCCUCCUCCUCCGGUCCUCCCUCCAGGUCCACGAACCUCAGCCAGCCCGAUAGUCCACCUGGGUCCCGGUCUUCACAGUCUGAGCUUGGUUUUUCUUCCCAGGGGAACCCAGAGAGGAGGAGGGUGAGGCGGGGGGAGACGGUGGAGGUCAGCAGCCCGUCUGCGGGCCUGGACGCCGGGCGCCGGCAGAGGGAGCAGCGUCCUCUGGGUCGCUGUCACACCCUGGACUCAGAAGAGCAGACGCCGGCGCCGACACACACUCCAGGUAAGACCGAAAACACUCGACAAGAGAGCGACGGGUCUGAUGACACAUACUCUGAGAGCGCAGCGGGGGCAUCCGGCUCACCGCCCAACGCCAACGAAACGCACGCCGCUGACGGUAGUGAGACGUCUCCAUCCUCGCACACUAAUGAUCCAACCGAACCCCGUCCUGCCGCCACCUCAACCGCCUCCACCGCUUCACAUGAUCCCACCGAGCUGUCUGACGCCAACAACCAGAGUCUCUGCCCUCCAAAAACAGCGUCGGAGUCACCCAACGACCGUGCUGAUGACCACGCCGACGACCACGGUGACGACCACGCAGACAAGGCUUUGCAGUUAGAAAGCAGAGACCCUGCAGACCCUUCAGCUGACCUCCCCGCUGACGUCCCUGCCAACGUCCCCGCUGACGUCCCUGCCAACGUCCCCGCUGACGUCCCCGCUGACGUCCCUGCCAACGUCCCCGCUGACGUCCCUGCCAACGUCCCCGCUGACGUCCCUGCCAACGUCCCCGCCGACGUGCCCGCUGACGUUCCCGCUGACGUCCCUGCCAACGUCCCCGCCGACGUGCCCACUGACGUCCCCGCCGACGUCCCUGCAGACCCUUCCGCUGACCUUCCCGCCGCAAUCCAGACGGAUCAGAGCGACGUCGACCAGACUCCGGUCACUGAGGCUGCGACUGAGACAGACACGUUUUGA